UGGAAAGACUGCCGUCAUUGAUACUGGCACGACUCUUCUCAUCGCCCCUCCCGCCGACGCUGAUGCUAUUCACAAAGCAAUUAAAGGUGCAGUUUCUCAACAAGGUGAAUAUUUUGUCCCAUGCAAAACUAAUGCUGUCGUUGCUCUCACUUUCGGUGGAGUUACCUAUAAAAUUUCACCAGAAGAUCUUGCUCGUGAACCAACAGACCAAGGUGAUAUGUGUGUUUCUGGUAUUGCAGGCGGUAAUAUUGGUGGAGCUGACCAAUGGUUAGUCGGUGACACAUUCCUUAAGAACGUGUAUAGCGCCUACGAUAUUAAAAAGCUUGCCGUUGGAUUUGCACCAAUCAAAUAA